GGAGCUCCCAGGGCCAUGUGCUUCGCUGGCCUUCCGGCCCCUGGGGUGAAAGGAGUGCUACUCGCCCGGCUUGCGGUCUUGGACAGAUUAAAGCUGCCAGCACCUGAAGGGAAGGAAAGGAAAACUUUAGAAUGGUGUUGGCUUACUGUGUGUUAUCUUGCAUGGCUGGCAGACAAGAAUGCAUCCUGUCUUGUUCUUGCUGCCCGGCAUGCCAGUGCUUCUUCCACGAACUUAAAAGACAUUUUGGCUGACCUUAUACCUAAGGAGCAAGCCAGAAUUAAGACCUUCAGGCAGCAACACGGCAACACCGUGGUGGGCCAAAUCACUGUGGACAUGAUGUAUGGUGGCAUGAGAGGCAUGAAGGGAUUGGUGUAUGAAACAUCGGUUCUUGAUCCUGAUGAGGGCAUCCGUUUCCGAGGCUACAGUAUCCCUGAAUGCCAGAAAAUGCUGCCCAAGGCUAAGGGUGGGGAAGAACCGCUGCCAGAGGGCUUAUUUUGGCUGCUGGUAACUGGACAGAUCCCAACAGAGGAGCAGGUGUCUUGGCUCUCAAAAGAGUGGGCAAAGAGGGCAGCUCUGCCUUCCCAUGUGGUCACCAUGCUGGACAACUUUCCCACGAAUCUACACCCCAUGUCUCAGCUCAGUGCAGCCAUUACAGCCCUCAACAGUGAAAGUAACUUUGCCCGAGCAUAUGCAGAGGGUAUCCACCGAACCAAGUACUGGGAGUUGAUUUAUGAAGACUGUAUGGAUCUGAUCGCAAAGCUACCUUGUGUUGCAGCAAAGAUCUACCGGAAUCUCUACCGGGAGGGCAGCAGUAUUGGGGCCAUUGAUUCUAAACUGGACUGGUCCCACAAUUUCACCAACAUGUUAGGCUAUACUGAUGCUCAGUUCACGGAGCUCAUGCGCUUGUACCUCACCAUCCACAGUGACCAUGAAGGUGGCAAUGUAAGUGCUCAUACCAGCCAUUUGGUGGGCAGUGCCCUUUCAGACCCCUACUUGUCCUUUGCAGCAGCCAUGAAUGGGCUGGCAGGGCCCCUACAUGGGCUGGCAAAUCAGGAAGUGCUUGUUUGGCUGACACAGCUGCAGAAGGAAGUCGGCAAAGAUGUGUCAGAUGAGAAGUUACGAGACUACAUCUGGAAUACACUCAACUCAGGACGGGUUGUCCCAGGCUAUGGCCACGCAGUACUAAGGAAGACUGAUCCACGAUAUACCUGUCAAAGAGAGUUUGCUCUGAAACACCUGCCUCAUGACCCCAUGUUUAAGCUGGUUGCUCAGCUGUACAAGAUUGUGCCCAAUGUCCUCCUGGAACAGGGCAAGGCUAAGAAUCCUUGGCCCAAUGUGGAUGCUCACAGUGGGGUGCUGCUCCAGUACUAUGGCAUGACGGAGAUGAACUACUACACAGUCCUGUUCGGGGUAUCACGGGCACUGGGUGUAUUAGCACAGCUCAUCUGGAGCCGAGCCUUAGGCUUCCCUCUAGAGAGGCCCAAGUCCAUGAGCACAGACGGUCUGAUAAAACUUGUGGACUCUAAGUGAGGGUGAAACUGAAGACUGGGAAGAAACUAACUACCAGAAAGUGAGGGAUCUUUAAAAAAAAAAAAAAAAAAGUAUACUUUUGUUUCAGGGGGCUUUAAAAGACAAGAUUAAACUCUAUCUGAGGCACUGAUGAUAAGUCUAAGGUUAAAAUAUAUAAAUUAAGAUUUUAAAAGAUGAAAAGUAACCCCUUCUUCCUUAACCAGCUCCUUUACCCUGCCUGGUAUAUGAGUUGCUCAUCAACUGUAGGAUGACCAGCACUAAUGCAUGUGGUAUGGGUUAGGUUUGCCUGCCCCCACUCCCCCCACCAUUUCCAGAGUAAGAAUCUGGCUCCUCUUUCCCUAGGUCAAAGCUGGUUGCAGAGAAUCUGCAGUCGGUUCAGAGCUUUUGGUUUUCUAUUCUGCCCAAUUCUUAAUAAGCCAGCAAACAGGACUCUACCCCUGCUGUUUCCAUAGGAAUCAUGUUGGAUUGUCGGCUGUACCAAGCCCCAUUAAUCUCUCCAUGCACACAAGACACUUCCUAGCAAGACCUAUGUUGGUUGCUUUGGCUUUUUUUUUUUAUUUUAUUAUUAUUUUUUUUAUGCUACCAGGUGAUCAUAAAGGCCAUGGCAUUUGUUGUGACUGGCACCCAGUGUCUGACUUUUUUCUCUUCUUUAAAUUACCCUACUAAAAUUAACAUCUGAGAGUGUUCUAUUCCCUACUACUUGAAUACUCACGUCUUUCGGGUUUUCUGUACCUGCUGCACCUCAAGCCAAGGUUGCUCUAUAUCUCCCCCCUUGGUCUCUAUUAGAGACCUCUUCCAGCAGGUCGUAUAAUAGAGCACUGUCUGAUCUGUGGUCUUUGCCAGUUAUUUGGCUUUAUCAGUGCUUAACAUGAACUGAGCUUUUCCCUGGGAUACAAACCACUAUCCUAUGACCUUUUUUUUUCUUUUUUUUUUUCCUAAAAUGCUGUGGGCUAUAGAAUAGGAUCUUGGGAAUGACCAGCAUGAUAUUUUCAUGGCCUGAUCCCAGGGGUACUAACUAGCACCUCUUUCUGAACAGGGAAAUGAUUUAAGAUUGGACAUGAUCUCCUUCAAAUAUCAGGUACUAGGGCCGAGGGCGUUAAAACUAGUAAACCUCCCUCAUCACCCUCUGCCGUAAGCAAAUAACCCUUUAUUUAUCAGGGUCCUCAUCCUGCCUUUCCCCAAGAGCUCACAGUACAGUGUUUGUUGUAGAAGCCCCAUGUGCACAGGUUUCCAGUGACUCCGAAUGCUCUUUUCUUUUUAAGAAAGGAUUAAAAUACACUCCUGCUGUGCCCCCUUCCUCCUUUGCAACUCCUGCCUGUUUGUGUGGAUCCCUAAUCCCCAGAACCACACUGUUGAGAUGGAUAAUACUGUCUGUAAACCUCUGGGUAACUGUCAAGUCAUGAUGCAGACUUCAGGUUGUUCUGUAUAAAAUGCAAAAUAAAUGUUUUUAUUAACAAUG